UUAAUUCUUUUCUCUUGAAAGUGGUCAUGGAAGAUGAGCCUUUGAAUCUCAGCUUGGCAAUUAUGGCGGAUCCCGGUGGGGAAAAGAUUAACAGAAAGAGGAAGAGAAGGGUUCCACUUCCAUCAUCAUAUGAAGGUUGUGAAGGGAAGAUAUUUAAGCUUCUUCAAGUAAGAGAGGAGAUGUUAAAGCUUGAUUACAAGAGAAAAGGUGUGGUUGAAGAUGGGAAAGCUCUUCAUUUAAUCCAUUUGUUGCUCAUCACUGCAACUUCAGUCGAUGAGAAUAAUGUGAACUCAGCCUUGGACAAUCUCACUCAACUUUAUCAAUCUGUGUCAUUAAUGGGGGAUUCUGUACAAAGGGUCGUUGCUUAUUUCGCUGAUGGGUUAGUCGCAAGGCUUCUUACUCGAAAAUCCCCUUUCUACGACAUGAUCAUGAAGGAGCCGACGGCCGAAGAAGAGUUUCUAGCUUUCACUUGUCUUUAUAGGGUGUCUCCUUAUUACCAAUUUGCUCAUUUCACUGCCAACCAGGCUAUAAUCGAAGCCUACGAGAAAGAAGAAGAGUUCAAUAACCGAGCAUUGCAUGUUAUUGACUUUGAUGUUGCUUAUGGCUUUCAAUGGCCUUCUCUCAUUCAAUCUCUUUCCGAAAAGGCAUCCGGUGGUAACCGGAUAUCCCUUCGUCUAACCGGCUUCGGAGCAAGCUUUGCAGAACUGCAAGAAACCGAGAACAGAUUAGUGAGCUUUGCCAAAGGGUUUCGCAACCUGGUCUUUGAAUUCCAAGGCUUGUUAAGAGGAUCCAAGCUGACAAACCUUCGGAAGAAGAAAAAUGAAACGGUUGCUGUAAAUUUAGUUUUUCAUUUGAAUACUUUGAAUAACUCCAUGAAAAUAUCAGACACGUUAAAAUCAGUACGUUCGCAUAGGCCUUCCAUUGUUAUGUUGGUUGAACAAGAAGGUGGUCGAAGCCCAAGGAGCUUCUUGUCGCGAUUUAUGGAAUCUUUACAUUAUUUUGCAGCCAUGUUUGAUUCAUUGGACGAUUGUCUCCCACUAGAAAGUGCUGAGAGGUUAAGCAUUGAGAAAAACCAUCUUGGGAAAGAGAUCAAAAGUAUGAUUAACUGUGACAAGGAUGAGGAAAACAAUAAAUCAAGUUCAAGGUAUGAGAAGAUGGAAACAUGGAAAAGCAGGAUGGAGAGCCAUGGAUUUGAAGGGACGAAACUGAGUUCAAAGUGUUUGAUACAGGCGAAACUUCUGCUGAAAAUCACCACUCAUUAUUGCCCUCUUCAGUGCGAAGGAGAGGUUAAUGGUGGGUUUAGAGUUUUUGAAAGAGAUGAAGCAAAGGCUCUUUCAUUAGGGUGGCAAGAUAGGUGUUUGCUUACGGCCUCUGCAUGGCAAUGUGUAUAGUAGUUUCUGCUUUUUUUCUUUUUUGUUCCCUAACUCAUUCAUAUUAUUCUUAAUUGUAACAUUUUUUUUAUAAUAAUGG